AGUGUGGGAGCAGAAGCAGAUAAGGUUUGCCUCCACGCUGGAAGAGUUCAGAAUAUACAGAUCAUAGUGGAGGGACGGGUUGCAGCGUGUGGAAGUGUGGAACCUAAACACAAAGUUUAGCGCUCGGUUUUCUUCAGCCAGAGCGUUGAAAGCCGCACAGAGCGACACAUAGAGACGAUUAGGAGUAGUAGAUGGAGACUACUUUCUACGACGACUCCCUGAACACCGCCUUCUCCCAGCACGACGGCACCGGUUACGGAUACGACCCCAAGGCGCUGAAGCAGAACAUGACCCUCAACCUGUCGGACCCUUCGGGGACCCUGAAGCCGCACCUGCGGGCCAAAGUCAACGACAUCCUCACCUCUCCGGACGUGGGGCUCCUCAAACUGGCCUCCCCCGAGCUGGAGAGGCUCAUCAUCCAGUCGAGCAACGGCCUCAUCACCACCACCCCGACCCCGACCCAGUUCCUCUGUCCCAAGAACGUGACGGACGAGCAGGAGGGCUUCGCCGAGGGCUUUGUGCGGGCGCUGGCCGAGCUGCACCACCAGAACAUGCCCAGCGUCACGUCUGCCCCGCAGACGAGCGCCAACAGCGCCCUGGCGCCCGUGUCCUCCGUCGCGGGCAGCGCCGCCUACAGCUCCGCCUUGCGCGCAGAGCCGCCCGUCUACGCCGACCUGAACACGUUCAAUCCGGCCAUCAGCACGGCGCAGGCGCCCGGCUACAGCAGCGCGAGCCCGGCGCUGAGCUACACGUCGGCCCCGCCGCAGCGCGCCAUGAGCAGCCUGCCCGUGCAGCACCCGCGCCUGCAGGCGCUCAAGGAGGAGCCGCAGACCGUCCCGGAGAUGCCCGGCGAGACGCCCCCUCUGUCCCCCAUCGACAUGGAGAGCCAGGAGCGCAUCAAGGCCGAGAGGAAGCGCAUGAGGAACAGGAUCGCCGCUUCCAAGUGCCGCAAGAGGAAGCUGGAGAGGAUCUCGAGGCUGGAGGACAAGGUGAAGAACCUCAAGUCGCAGAACUCGGAGCUCGCGUCCACGGCCAACAUGCUGCGCGAGCAGGUGGCGCAGCUCAAGCAGAAGGUGAUGAACCACGUGAACAGCGGCUGUCAGCUCAUGUUGACGCAGCAACUGCAGACCUUCUGAGCGGGGAGGACUUGAGACUUGGCUUGAGGCGAGAGCGGGAGGAGGACUAACCGAAGCGGAGACCGAGUAGCGAGACACGGCUUUACGGACGAGCUGCUGCGGCGCUAUGGACGCAGAGUACUGCGUGCGAGCGGCGGGAGGAGGAGCGCGUGGCCGAUUUGCCCCUCGCGCCCCACUCCCCAUGGCGCGCGCGGGAGUUCGGGCUCCACGGACGGGACGGGGUGGGGUUGGUUGGGGGGGGGACUAAGUAAGAUGAGUUUUGCUGGAGAGAGAAUCGGUCCACGGACGACACACUUUAACUGCUCGCCCUCGUGCCGCGACGAGACUGCAGCUCGUUGUCCGCGAGCGAGUGGCGCGCAGCCGCUGUUACGAGACUGAGCGCGCGAUGGACGGCGGAGCGACCCGUCCGAAGGCUCCGCGCUAAUGAUGAAAGCUGUAAAAUGGACUUUUUCUUCCUUAAUUGCAGUUGAGUUGUUAGAAAAAAGCUUCGAAACUGUUUCUUCAACUUGUUUAAUGGGGUUUAACUCAUUGUUAUUUGUAUAUAAUAUGAACCUGGAGUUAUUUCAGUUUACCAUUUUAAUAAAUGCAGUAAUUUUUUAUGUUCUGAGCACCUCAGAAAACUAAUCCAAUAUUUAAGAAUUGUAAUAAAGCAUCUAAAAUAAUUUGUUUGCG